ACCAUCUAGACAAGACCGUUCAACAGGUCAUGUCUUGACCAAGGCGAGGGAGUCUGAUGCGGGAGAAUAAAACGGACGAAAAGUUGACUAAAACUUUAUUCCCCUCAUAGACUUUGGCAGUAGUUACUAUACACACCAAGAGUAAACAGCGAGAGAAAGCAGAAGUUCCAUCUCAUGGCGUUAUAAUAUUUUUAUUCUCUCUGUGCCCCAAAAAUAUUCGCGUUAACGGUGCCGCGCCUUGAGGCCUGAUGGUCAGUCUGGUAUGAAGGAGGUAUAUGUGCUUGCGUCACAUCACUAAAAGUACCCAGGAUCAGUGGCACUGAGACAACCAACCAGACGUCACCACCAUGUUGGAGGAGGACAUGGAAGUGGCCAUUAAGGUGGUCGUGGUGGGCAACGGAGCAGUUGGCAAGUCCAGUAUGAUCCAACGCUAUUGCAAGGGCAUCUUCACUAAAGACUACAAAAAGACCAUCGGAGUGGACUUUCUCGAAAGGCAAAUAUUUGUCAAUGACGAAGAGGUCCGACUAAUGCUGUGGGACACCGCUGGGCAGGAGGAGUUUGACGCUAUUACCAAGGCCUACUACCGUGGUGCCCAAGCAUGUGUGCUAGUCUUCUCCACCACAGACAGGGAGUCGUUUCAGGCCAUCGACAGCUGGAGGGAGAAGGUUGAAGCAGAGGUCGGAGAUAUUCCCACGGUUCUAGUGCAGAACAAAAUUGACCUACUGGAAGAGACUGUUAUUAAAAACGAGGAGGCAGAGUCUUUGGCUAAAAGGCUUAAGCUGAGAUUUUACCGAGCUUCGGUGAAGGAGGACCUUAACGUCAACGAGGUUUUUAAGUACUUGGCUGAGAAGUAUCUUCAGCGACUCAAACAGCAAACAGCAGAGGAGACGGAGGUGGUCCAUACAACAAGCAAUAAAAUAGGUGUUUUUAAUACUACAAGUAGUAAUGUCUGCAACCAGAGCUCCAGCAAUGGCAGAGAAGUCAUCACUCUGCGACCUAACAAACAAAGGACCAAGAAGAGUAAAAAUCCCUUCGGAAGCUGCAGCCUACUCUAGAUAAAAUCAUUUCAUUUUAACGACUGACUAUUGCUCUUAAGACUAGAUGGUCAUUGUUGUAUUCUAAUGGAGGUAGCCACAUUUAGAGACCAAAGCCCAUAAAGACUGGGAAAUACUACUCUGUACUACUUUGAUAACCUGAUGUUUAAUCUAUAAAUCCUAAGUUGUUUCCCCACACUCAUGGUUGAAUUUUCUUUGAUUCAGCCUUGGAUCUCCAUAAUAUUGUGCACAUAAUACCUGUCAACACCUGUACACUCCUGGGUCCUCCUUGUGGUUGCCUUAAGUAACACUAACAGCUGCAGCUACAGUAUGUCAUGAACUUAAUGUUUCCAAAAAAAAAAAAAAAGUAGUGAUAUUGUCUCAUCAUGGCUGAAUAUUUGUUUUUUUCCAUUAUGACUUGACACACAAUCCUCUCAAACAAAAUAUGUAACAGCAAAGUUUGCACUCUGGCUCUUUGAAAACAUUUGCUCGUGUACAUGAUUUUUACCGUCACCCUGUUCCCGUGUGCUUUACAUUUCAACUGUGCAAUAUGUUUGUAUGUAUUGUAGAAGAUACACAGAUUAUUUUGUACCAUAUUUUUCUAACUUUCGACAGAAUAUGGUUCAAACUACACUGUUUAUCAUGGAUAAAAUACUAUUGAAUUCAGAGUGAAUUCUCUGUGCAGAAGUAUUUUUGUACAAAUCACAGAAGUGUUGAGUGAUAAUUUCACAGAAGUGUUAACACCUUAAUGUUGACAUAGUGCCAAAUUUCUUCUUUCUGAACUGUAGUGAAAUACUAACACUGCAGUGAUUUGGAUGUAACAUGAAAUUAAUAGAAUGUGUCCUUAUGUAUAACCAAAUAUCAGUAACCAUUGGCAUAGUCUUCUAUAUGUCUGCUUACACUCCACUUGCAGAUUUGUUAACCAAAUUCUAGGACUCUGUGAUGUGAAACAUGAGUAAUGAUACUCUGCUCUUUGAGUCAUAGUACCUCAAAUCACAAUCAGCUAUAGGUUUAUGUUUUGAUUGCAGUUAUUUACAUAGCGUCAUAUUUAACUGUGCUUUUCUUUAACUUUGGUACAACUUUGAGUUUCAGAUUUCACUAUAUUUGUAACCUACCAAACACUAAUCAUGGUACAAGGUUUUGGUUUUUACCUUCUUAGUUUUGCUCCCGUAUUAACUUAUCAUUUUCUAUUUUGUAAAUAUCAUCCUGCUCCUUUUUGACCCAAAAAAAAAAAAAAGUUCAGCAGUGUCUCCCUGUGAUAUGGAGUCUUAAGCAGGAUGUAAACCCUCAGUUUCUGAAGGUGUGCUGCAAAAAGUCGACCGUCAGUCAGGACCGGAUGUUUGCUGUUGUGUGCCUGAUUAUGCAAGAAAAUUCAAUUUGUUCUAAUUACAUGAUGGUACUCCGGAAAAGAUCUAAACUGAUGCUCAUUCCUCGAUACAGCUAGCUGUGUGCUGUAUGUUAAUGUCUUGUCUGCAUCAAGCUUUUUUAAAAAUGUAGAAUAGAUUCCAAAAACUGAAUUACACAACGGUCUACCAAGCACAAAGAAGUACAUGGUGAUGUGGAAAAGUCUUAUAUUAAAUCUCCUGUGUGAAAUUAUUAUUAUUAAACGUCCUUAUUAAUAGUCACAGAUCUAAAUAUUUUACAUGGAAAUAGAAUACAGAGGACAUUUGGGAAUACAUGCAUGUUUUAGUCUUUUAAAAACAUUUUGUAACUGAUUCUCAGAUCUGUGGUAGCAGUUGUUCACCCAUUCAAAUGAACUUUAUGAAGAGAUGGAAAAAGUUGUACUGAACUAAAUGGUGACUUACAUUUUUUUUCCAUCUCAUAGUCUGAUGUGAAAAUCGUAACAGGUGCUUUUCUCCACAGUUAUACCAUUGGUACUAAGAUUGUUUCAGAUUUUUCAUUUGGUUGUAUGUAGACAGUGCUGUAUCGAAAGAAAAAAAAAGGAAGUGUGGUAUAACUGUAUUGCAUGCAAGCCCUUUUUUUUUUUCCUUCUCCAUAUCAGUGAAUGUUGAAUCAUGGUUGCAAUGCCACAAUGCCUUGUCCCUGUUUACAUUCUCCUCCAUUGAUCACCAGUAAGCAUUUUAUUGCCUCUUGCUGUCUGUUUGAAUUUGCUUGCAUGGUAACUUUGUAAAUAAUGAUUUCUUGAACUUU